AUGAAGCUCUCCAUUCUCAAUGCUCUCGUCCUGGUCAGCGCAGUCACGGCCCAGCUUUCCGGUUCUGUUGGCCCCACGACGAGUACGGCAGCCAAGCGAGCCAAGAAGACAUGCAGUGUUCUUGACUACGGUGCCAAGGCGGACAAGAGUACGGAUCUUGGCGCGGCGCUGGUCAAGGCUUGGGCUGCAUGCGCAUCUGGAGGCAUUGUCGUCAUCCCCAAGGGCGAUUAUGCUAUGUCGACAUGGGCCACCCUGAACAAGGGCACUGGUGUUGGUCUCCAGCUGGACGGGACCAUCUACCGAACCGGUACCGCAGGCGGCAACAUGAUUGCGAUCCAGAACAGCAAUGACAUCGAAUUCUUCUCCAGCGACGGAUCCGGCGUCAUGCAGGGUUACGGCUACGAAAUCCACAAGAGCGGGUCACUCUCGGGUGCCCGUCUUCUCCGUGUGAUCAAGACCAACAACUUCUCCGUCCACGACCUCAGGUUCGUCGAUGCACCCGCCUUCCACAUCUCGCUCGACACCUGCACCAAUGGCGAGCUCUACAACCUUGCCAUCCGGGGUGGCGACCACGGAGGGCUUGAUGGAAUCGAUGUGUGGUCAAACAAUGUCCACAUUCACGACGUGAUGGUGACCAAUAAGGACGAGUGCGUGACUGUCAAGUCGCCCGCCAAGAACAUCCUCAUCGAGCAGAUCUACUGCAACCUGUCCGGUGGCUCAGCAAUCGGAUCUCUUGCCGCUGACACCGCCAUCUCGAACGUUGCCUACCGCAAGGUCUACACAGUCGGCAGCAACCAGAUGAUCAUGGUCAAGAGCAACGGCGGGUCGGGCUACGUCGAGGAUGUAGAAUUCAGCGACUUUAUUGGCCACGGCAACGCGUACUCCCUCGACAUCGACCAGGCCUGGUCGUCCAUGUCGACAGCGGCUGGCAGCGGUGUGCAGCUCACAAACAUGACGUUCAGCAACUGGAAGGGCACCUGUGCCUCUGGCACGCAGCGCGGGCCCAUCCAAUUCAAGUGCGACCCCGAUACACCUUGCAAGGAUAUGGUUGUCAAGGACUUUGCCAUGUGGACGGACAGCGGCAGCAAGGUGAACUACAUCUGCCAGAAUGCUUUCGGCUCCGGUGGAUGCCUCAAGGCCAGCGGCAGUGAUUACACCACUACUGCAGCCAUCGCCUCUGCGCCUACCGGGUACCAGGCCGCUACCAUGCCGAAUGACCUGAAGACUGGUUUCGGGUUUACGGUCGAAAUUCCCGUCCCUACUAUGCCAAGCAGCUUCUUCCCUGGAGCAACGCCCUUGGUUGCCCUGGCAAAAUAA